AUGCAGCCGAACCUGAACAAUCGCAACUCCACCGGGAGCCGCAUUCUGGGCAUGAGUGGACCUGCUGGGGAGCCGGGCCUUCCGCCGUCGCGGCCCUCUUCUAUUGCGACAGCACAGUCGGGGGGUGGAGGAAACCAGCGCAGAUGGUCGCAGGCCCCGCCAUCGCGUCGAGGAGGAGGUAUUCAGAGCGGCAUCGGGGGCGCGAGCGUGGCCGGAAGCCUGGGAGGCCAGAGCCGCCCCACGACGUCUGCAAGCAGAACACACGUCCCACUUGCAGCGGCUGGUUUCUUUCGUCCCAUGAGCUCGCAAAGGCUGCAGCAACAGCGAAAUCAACGGCCGACGUCAUUUCUUGGCCACGGUUCGAUGUAUUCAGAAGGCGCGAGCGACCCUGGGAGCAACCCGUACCGUCAAAGCUCGGGAUCAAACAAAACAGUCAGGAACCCCGUUCCGCCGCUUGGACUGCAUCACGACCUUGACCACCCUCCUCCCUCCCGAGGGACGGAUAUUACCGACCGAGACAUGCCCGAUAGAACAACCGCAAAUACGACGCCCACAGGUGCAGAGACGGUGCGGAGCAGGGGGGAGAGCAUCACGCCUCUCGCAAGGCCAAGACCCCAGCAUCUGGAUCUCUCAAAGGCACACAAAAACGACUCUGGCAAGCUUCCAACCCCAAGCAAGUCUCCGCGCUCGUUCAAAUCGAGCUUCAUAUUACCCAGUCGUGAAGGAAGAUCUUCCCAGAUGCGACCACAACAAGGACACGAAAAGCUUGCAUCGGCCGAAUCCUCUCCUCGCAUGACAAGAAAAGAGGCCACCAAAGAGGCUGUCAAGAGAGAGUUGGGCAAGAACUACCAUUAUUUCUCAGGCAAUACCGCCUUUUGUUGGGGAGGAAGACUUCAGAACGCCCGGGACCGGCCUGUGAAUAUUGCAACGGGAAUAUUGAUCCUUGUUCCCUCUGCUCUCUUCUUUACGUUUUCAGCGCCAUGGUUAUGGCUUCACCUUUCUCCUGCGAUACCCAUUCUCUUCGGCUACUUGUUUUGUGUUUGUAUUUCUUCUUUUCUUCAUGCAUCUGCUACAGAUCCAGGAAUUCUUCCUCGUAAUUUACAUCCAUUUCCACCACCUAAUCCUAAUGACGACCCAUUAAAUCUUGGACCACCCACCACUGAGUGGACCAUGGUCGUGUCAGCGACAUCUCCAAACUCUGCCAUGGAGGUGCCGACUAAGUACUGCAAAAGCUGCAACAUCUGGCGCCCGCCGCGCGCCCAUCAUUGUCGCGUCUGCGAUAACUGCAUUGAAACUCAAGAUCACCAUUGCGUCUGGCUAAACAAUUGCGUCGGACGCCGCAACUACCGCUAUUUCUUUGUCUUUGUCACCUCUGGCACGAUCCUGGGUUUGUUCCUGCUGGGCGCCAGCCUUGCACACAUCCUUGUCUGGCGCCAGCAGAACCACGCGACUUUCGGAGCAGCAAUCAACAAGUGGCGCGUUCCGUUCGCUAUGUGCAUUUAUGCAGUUGUUGGAACGCCAUAUCUGUUUAGUCUGGCCGUCUAUCAUCUGUUCUUGAUGGGCCGAGGCGAGACAACACGAGAAUAUCUUAACUCUCAUAAAUUCCUGAAGAAGGACAGACACAAGCCAUUCAAUCAAGGCUCUCUGUUGAGAAACUGGCUCGUGGUACUGCUGCGACCGCGACCGCCAACAUACCUGCAUUUUAAGAGAAAGUAUGAAGAGGGAGACCAGCGAUUUGGUCCUCGGAGGGGAAAGCGUAGUGCUCCCCUGACGGCGGAGCAGCAAGGUGGAGGUGUCGAGAUGCAGGACGUUCGUGCUUCGCAGGGCUUCCAGGGUCCUAGCUCCAGGGCGGGGCCCAAGAGGUCACUGCGAGAUGAUGCUGGCAAAGAUAUAGCAGCAUAG